CACAAUCAACAAAAUCUUACUAAAACACGCGCUUGUGCAAAUUUAGGUAAAUAAUCACUAAAUAAACAAAACGUGAAUACUUAAUUAUUAAAUAAAAAUGGCCACAACAGAUGAGAAGGUGGAUGCAAAACCAAAUAUAUUGAUAACAGGAACGCCAGGUGCGGGAAAGUCGUACCUGUGUGAAAGGUUAUCCGAUCAAUUAAAAUUAAAAUGGUUGGAUUGCUCUAGAAUUGCUAAGGAAAACAACUUCGUGGAAGAGUAUGAUGAUGAGUACGAUUGUCCCAUUCUUGAUGAAGACAAGCUAAUGGACUAUAUGGAGCCAUUUAUGCAACAAGGCGGAAAUAUAGUUGAAUAUCAUGGAUGCGACUUUUUCCCUGAACGAUGGUUUGAAGCUGUUUUUGUGGUUACAUGUUCGAAUACUAUACUUUUUGAUCGUCUAAAGGAACGUGGGUACAAUGAAAAGAAAUUAAAAUCAAAUCUUGAAUGUGAAAUUUUUGGAACAGUGCUAGAAGAGGCACGCGAUUCGUACAAACCAGAUAUUGUUGUUGAAUUAAAAGGUGAUACCAAACUGGAUGGUGAACAAAGUUUGAAAACCGUAAAAAAUUGGUACAGAGCAUGGAAGCGAAAGUAAGGCAUCAUUCUACUUUCAAAAUUAUCUCUGAAAGUGAAUAUAAAUUAAAAAAUCGUCAAUACAGACAAAAGCGAUAAUCAGUUAAAGUGUGUUUUUUAUAUACAGGAAGUGAAUAAAGAAUACUAUUUUUGUAUCUAGGA